AUGAAAAAUAAGAACAAUCUCUCGUUCCCACCUGUAAAAUAUAUACAGAACCGUAUCAAAAAAAUUGUCCAAUCAAAUCAAGAUAUUGGAAAAUUAUCUUCAUCAACUCCUUAUCUUAUAUGCAAAAUCACUGAAGAAUUCAUUCAAAAGCUAACUUUGUUGUCAAGUGAUCUAGCAGUUCAGCAAGGAGAUUCAAAAUUAACUUUAUGACAUAUGUAAAAUACAUUCAGAGCUCAAGUUAUAGAAAACGAUAAAAUGUUUGAAGCAAUUCGAACAAAAUGCCUCCAAAAUCCGAUGCUCGUUGCUGCUGAGCCUCCAAAAAAGCCUAGCAUAAAAAAGAGAAAGAAAAAAGAAGAGACGCAUGAAGAGGAGCAAGAAAGUGACUAA